CGGCCCGUGUUGUUGUAAGGUCCGCAGGUUGUUCCACUAUAGGUCCAGGGGAGGUGUUGUGGUUCAUCAGGCGGCAAGCUUCCUAUGAGAGUUGCAGGGAUCAGUAUUUUAGUUUCCACCCAUUUCUGGAAGAAAAAUUAUAUUUACAAGUCUGAUCUGGAGGACACUGUAUAAUUUAGUUGAGACUGACUUGUAAAUAUUCUUGAAAAGUUUAAUGGGGGAGUCGUUAAUAAUAACGGAAUUCAUCAUAAGCUAACCCAGACCAAUGAAGCUUUCUGGGGCAGUAAGGUCAACUAAAACUGAGAUAUGCAUGGGUCCUGUUGGCUGAAUCGUUAAAGAAAAUUCUAACUUCCGGAGUAGUUUAAUGAUAGACAGCACAAAAAAUGGUUUGGAAAUGAACGUCAAGAGAGGCUACACCACACAGAUGGAACAAAAAGCCGCCAAUAUCACCUACUUCAAGCAAGCUGCUACUUAUUUCACAGAGAUUAGUUAAAGUAGUUGAACUCCAAGACCAACUUCAAGUUCACCUAAUUUCCCUCCACUUCUCUUACCUGGCCUGACCAGUAGUGAAGACCUCCUCAAAUCUAUCUAUAAAUUCCCUAACCCUUUCUCCCCAAUACAUCAAAGUCCAAAAGUCUUCAAGUUUUCUGUGCUUUAUCUUCUCAACACAUCAGUGCUUUGGUUUCCCCGACUCCUAUACUCAACAUCAAAGUUAGAAGAAACUUCAGAUGGAGUUGUUUUAUCCCUGUUCACGCAUUGUUCCUAUACUGGCCAUGGUUGUGGUCUUGAUUAUUCCUGUUUAUGGCCAGAUUGGUACCCCAUGCAACACCUCAAUGAUUUCAAGCUUCACCCCUUGCCUGAGCUUUGUAACAAAUAGCACUGCAAAUGGUAACUCACCAAGUGCAGCCUGCUGCAAUUCGCUCAAGUCCCUCACAAGUGGCAGCAAGGACUGUUUUUGCCUUAUUGUAACCGGAAAUGUUCCUUUGCAAGUACCUAUUAAUCAGUCCCUGGGCAUCUCUCUCCCAAGUGCUUGUAAUAUGCCUGGAGUUCCCCUCCAAUGCAAAGCCUCUGGAGCACCUAUUCCAGCUCCAGGUCCUGUCUCGCUUGAGCCAGCACCUUCCCCUGGACUCUCUCCAACUCCUAGUCCUAAAGCUUCUUCAGUCCCGGAACCCAUAUCACCUGCUCAGGCACCACAAUCUGACACGACCCCGCUCUUAAAUCCGCCAUUUCCAACAGUGGAUUCUGAAGCUCCAACUGCAACCACUGGAAGCCGCCCGGUUCUGACCCCAUCGGCUGCCAUGCCCUCUCACAGUCUCUCACCAUCCUUUCUGCUACUUGUGUUAGGAGUUUCUGUUUUGAACUAUUACUGGUAGCUUGCAGUAUGUUUGCGCUUUGACAUUGUUUGAUGAGUGUUCUUUUAAUGUUAGGGUGUGCACUAUUAUUUGGGCUCCUUGGGAUAGAUAUUUGAGAGCCAUAUUGGGUGAUUGUUUAUUUAUGUGAGAAUGUAUUCUUUGUAAUACACAUGCAUGUGUUAGUGGAAAUAAAGGUUUAAAGGUCCACCGACCAAGUUUAUAAGCUUCA